AUGGCUGUCAUCAGGAAGAAGACUGCCACCCGAGGCAGCGAGGGUGGUGUCAAAUAUAUAUGCGACGUUUGCUCUGUGGACAUCACAUCCACCGUCCGAAUACGGUGCGCCCACGCCGCUUGUAACGAUUAUGAUCUCUGCGUCCAGUGCUUCUCCAAGGGCUCAGCAAGUAAUAACCACAAUCCUGCCACACACCCGUACCGAGUUAUAGAGCAGAAUUCCUUCCCCAUCUACGACGAAGAGUGGGGAGCAGAUGAGGAGCUUCUGCUUCUUGAGGGCUGUGAGAUCUAUGGUCUCGGGUCCUGGGCAGACAUUGCAGACCACAUUGGCGGAUACCGGAACAAGGACGAGGUCAGGGACCACUAUGAGAAGGUUUACAUCCAGUCCUCCAAGUUCCCGCUCCCUGAGCGCUGCAGUCCCAAAGACACCGCCUUAGCGAACGCAAUCACCAGGGAGGAAUUCCAGGCCCGUAAGAAACGGAGAAUCGAGGAGCGGAAAGACGCCAUCAAGAAUGCGCCUGCCCCACCUCCGAAAACCAAACCAACCGCCUCUGUCCCCUCGUGCCACGAGAUCCAGGGCUACAUGCCUGGCCGCCUGGAGUUCGAGACCGAGCAUGCCAACGAGGCCGAGGAGGCAGUCCAGCUCAUGCAAUUCGAACCUGGAGAUGGCAUCAACCCAAACACUGGCCAGUUGGAACCAGAGAUGGAACUCAAGUUGACGGUUAUGGAGAUUUAUAACUCGCGGCUGACACAACGUGUGGAUCGCAAAAAGGUCAUUUUCGAGCACAACCUCCUCGACUAUCGAGAGAAUACCAAGCUCGAUAAGAAGCGGUCCAAGGAGGAGCGGGACAUCCUCAACAAAGCCAAACCGUUUGCGCGUAUGAUGAACCACAAGGACUUUGAGGAUUUCAACCAAGGCCUUGUUGACGAGCUCAACCUCCGCCAGGCCAUCACCCAGCUCCAAGAUUGGCGCAACAUGGGUAUUGGCAACCUCAGAAACGGCGAGAAGUACGAGCAGGACAAGGCAGCUCGCGCACAGAAUAAGAUUCCAAUGGGCUCCAUGGACAGGGAACGCCUGGCCGCGGCUCAGCGUAACAAGCAGCCCCCGCCGUCAGAUCCGCCAAGCGGAGCCGCCCUUCUGGUAGCCCCAGAACUUCCGAUACGGCCAGCAAAGAGCGGACUCCAGAAUGGCGAGCCUGCGGCCGACGGGGACGUCAAGCUCACGAACGGAACCCAUGCGAACGGUGUCAAUGGCGGCAGUGUUGUCGUAGCCAACGGCGCUGAUUCAUCGAAGAAGCCAACCCACGUGCCACAGCCUAUUUCUGGCGUCACGCCGAUGCAGCUGAGCCAAGACAUGCCCGAUUAUCAUCUUCUCACGAACGAAGAGGUUAGGCUCUGCGAGGUCAUCAGGAUGCAGCCGAAGCCUUAUGUUAUGGUGAAGGCUGAGAUUAUCAGGGAAGCUGUCAAGGGUAAUGGCUCUCUGAAGAAAAAACAGGUCAAGGAAAUCUGUAGCAAGAAUCCAUCGUCUUGGGAUUCGCGUAAGGCCGGCACAGUGUUUGAGUGUAUGGUCGCCUGGGGCUACAUUUCCAAGGCUUAG